GCUCCGCUGCGCUGUGGGCGCUGCUGGCUGCCCUCUGACGCAGCCGGGCGGAGCGCGGCAAUCUCUCAGGCAGCGCCGCCGCGGCAGCCGCUCCCUCAGCGCUGCCCGCGGGACCGAGGUGCCCUUCGCCCUGCGUUCAUGCGCCUUCCUGGCUCGUUACGGCUGCAUGCGGCCCCGGGGGAAGGCUGAAGAUCCGCCGUGGCUCCGAGCGCUCGAGAUCCUGCAGGAACUGUCCUUCCGUGAUUGUACAUGCAAUAUUAUUGAUGAGCCAAAGAGGUGAGCAUCAGGAAAGCAAGAAGGAACUAGAGACAUCACCAAGUGAGACCAUGAAGGCAGAAGAAAAAAGUUAUAAAGAAGAAGACAAAGCGUCAAAGAGUGAAGACUGGAGGCCACCAUCAGUCUUUGGUGCUGCCGACCUAAAAAACAGAGCUGUUGGACUGUAUAAUAUUGGACAAACCUGCUGUCUCAACUCUCUGCUCCAGGUGUUCUUCAUGAACAUACACUUCACAAAGAUACUGCGAAGGAUCUCAGUGCCAGUGUGUGGCACAGGAAAGAAGAAGAAUGUCCCAUACCAAAUGCUUUUGCUGCUAGAGAAGAUGCAGUGUGGAAAGCAGAAAGCAGUUUCUCCCAGAGAGCUUGCUAUCUGUCUUGUAGAACACAGAGUGACAAUGUUUGUACAGUAUGAUGCUGCCCAACUCUUUCUGACUCUCUGGAACUUGUUAAAGAAACAGAUGAAAAACCCAGAGCUGGUUGAAAAGCUGAGUGAUUUGUACACCAUCAGUGUGCAGGAGCACCUGGCCUGUCAGACGUGCUCUUCUGAAACAAAAAGGAACAGCAGCAUGUUAACCCUUCCAGUCUCAUUAUUAGAUUCUGGCUAUCACAUGCUGAAGACUCUGGAGGAGUGCCUGCAGUGCUUUUUCCAUUCAGAAGAGUUGACUGGUCAAAACAUGUGUUUCUGUGAACACUGUGGAAAGAAAACACCGUUUCGGCAGAGUGUAAAGCUGGUCCACCUGCCACAGACUCUGACCAUACACCUAAAGCGCUUCUGCUUUGGAAGAUCAGCUUACAUCCACAAAAUUAGCAACUGCCUGCCAUUCCCACAAGACCUUGAUUUCAAUGCAGUCUUGACAGAACAGCAGUGCCAAGCACAUGACAAUGAAAAGGCUGCCUGGCAGUAUGAGCUCUUUGCUGUUGUUGCUCAUUCAGGAUCAACUAGCUGUGGACAUUACUGUGCCUAUAUUCGAAGUCUCACAGAAUGCAAAUGGUAUUGCUUCAAUGAUUCUUUUGUUGAACAGGUGUCAUGGGAUGAUGUUAGAAGUACCUAUGGGCAUUCAGACCUCAGCUGGGCAUACAGUCACUGCUGUUCUUCACCAGCUCCUCCUCCACCUGAAAGGAAUGCAGAUCACUCCCUGCUGUGGUUUCUCCCAGACAGCUCUCUCCAGCACAGAACCACAGAAUGUGGCUCCAAAGACUUGCACAGUUUUAAACUUGGUCACAUGUAGGCUCAUGGGAAAACAAAACAGAAGAACAAACCUGCUGUGAUUUCUAUGUGAGAACGUUUUGAAUUAAGGUGAAUCAGACAAACGUCCUUUGACUGGAAACACCUGGAGAAUUGAAAUCAUUAAAAAAAAAAGGUGAUGGAUGGAAAUGUGAUUAAGCUAAACAUAGGCAGUGGUUGUUGUUUGGGAUCAUGUUUCUUUUUGAAGUGUCAUUUUCCAGAGCUGAUAUCGAGCUGUCAAGCAACACUUCAGCAUCUCAGAGCCAAGGAUGGAAGCGUUUUACUUUUCUCUUAAAUUCCAAGUUGUGCAUUUUACCCAGGAGGUGGCACUGUCUGUAGUGGUUUGCAGUCCUCUUGUGUCUCUUGCUCUGUGUUUACAAGAGUCAGCUUGUUGGUGUGCAAGGCCAGAAGACUUUCCGGAGGUUAUUCAGGUUCUUAUUGCUGCCAGGAUCUCACACUGGAAACUGCUUUUUAUUUUGGGGAAAAUUAGAACUUAUUUCAAGAUACCUUGGUGCCUGAAUGGGAGCAUUCAAUUCUCACAGCACAGAUCAGCUCAAUCAAGUCAUCGGUGACCUGCAGCCAGUGCCAAAGUGAUCUUUUUACUCCAGAAAAAGUAAUAAAAACAAGAACCAAAUUGGAGCACCUCGGUAUUUUGUGUUUUAAAGUCUCCUGAUCUGAAAGUCAACUUACUUUUCUAUUAUAUUCUGUUUUUUCUUGUUUCAGUCUCCCCAAGGAACAGCAAGAGUUGCGGUGAAGUUUGCCAUCAGUGUUGGCUACCACCACUUCAACUGCACCUGCAUGUACCAGAAUGAGUGAGAUUGGGGCUGCACUAUGAGAAGAAAUUAAAGAGGGUGUUGUGAGGCAAGAAGACCUCUUCAUUUACAGCCUUAGGUACUCAUCUCCUGCAUGACCACGGGCCCACAAAUGGAAUUGGGCUGGGAGCUAGCUCUCCUCUCAGGUGUAUUAGGUGGAUGGAGAGAAGCAAGAGGUCAACCCUUGAAAAUCUGGCUUCAUGUGAGAGGGAUUUUUUUUGUAGUCCAUAUCCAUUGUCAGCUAGGAGACAGGAACUGAGGCUGUGCUCUCAGCUGCCUCUGAGAUAGGAAGCACAGCUAUUGUAUUCAUGGUCACCCCUGCUGCGCUGCUGGGCUUAGCCUGUUAACUCCCGGGUGUUGUUUUGUUUUGUUUCUUCCCCCAACAACAAUGGUAGGAAAAAUAAAGUAACUUCUAUCUACUGGAAACUGGGGGUUGAUAUUCACCAGUUUUCUUUUUAAUUCAUUUUGUUUAAUCCUCAUUUAAAUUUCUAGCAUUUUUGU